GUGUGAGUUACAGAUCAGUGUCAGGGUCCCCUCGGGGGGGGGAGGGGGUGGCGGAGCUCGCAGAGACAGUCAGUUUCUCCUGCGUCCGCAGGGCGUCGCUGUGUCUCCUUUUCCCUGCACGCUCAGAGCCGGCGAGCGCCCCGCGUCCCGCAGCCCAGCCCCUUCUCGCUGAGCCCUCGGGUCUCCUCUGUCCCUUCUUCCCCUCCCAGGUUGAAAAAACCCGACUCGCCGGUCCACAUGUCUCGGCGGGAUUGAAGGGCUAUCGGUGGUUGAUCGCUUUUUAAAUGGACUAUCGAUCGCUUAUAAUCUGUCUUUGGGACGGAGUUAAAAGGGAUGCCAUUUGCGGCGUGGGGCCGGCUCCUUCGAUCGCGAACAGAUGGCAGCGUGAGGACGGGAGAACGGCCAUUAAACCAGAUUAAGAGAGCGCUAAGAAAGCCCUUCUCACUGACUGGGUUUGAUCCGCUGUAUUUCCGUAUCGCGUGGACAGGUGGCGCCUUGAUUGGGCAUCAGCGAGCCCUCAAGAUGACUUAGAUGGGUAGGUGCACGAGAGACAAGACGCCCCUUCUUGGUUCUGUCCAGUUGUUCGGCGUCUAGGGCCGGUCUCCAGCUCCUGUAGAAAUGAAGACCAGGUGCUGGUCCCGGGAUACAGGAGUCUCGGGCGGAACCGAGCGCUCUGUCUGUGGAGCAGGUGUCGAGUCUGAGUGAGCGGAUAGGACCCACGAGAGGGAGGAGGAGGAGGAGGGGGCGGUGGAAGGAGGGGGGGGGGUGUUAAAGAGACGAAGAGGGGCUCGGGGAGGGGGGUAUACCUCUGUAGCUCGCGGCCGGCACGGAGGCAGCUGUGACUUUAGGACCCGGCGGAGCUCGCGGUCCCACCCAGCCCUCGCCCUCCUCGUGCCUGCCAGAGGCUCAUUGUUCGAAGACGGAUUGUUCGCGAGACAAGGGGGCUUCGCCUGCACCUCGGCGCGAGGCUGCUGCACGCUGCGCGGUGGUCGUGUGUGUCUCCACACAAAGGGGCUUGGCAGCAGGAAGACGCCUCUCAGCGCCUCCCCAGCAGCACCGGGUUAGCGGAAAGGGCCGCUGCGGGCAGAAGAGGGUCUCGCCGGUGCAGCAGCGUCGCUCUUCUCCUUCACCGCAGCCACCCGCUCGGUCCCCGUGCGGCCGGGAGAGCGCGGGCUGCCCAGACCAUGGCGCUCCGGCUGCCGGCGCCCUGCCUGCUGGCGCUCCUGCUCGCUCUCUGUCGGGGGGCGGCCGGGGGGCGCAGCUGCAGCGAGGUGAGGCUGGCGUACGGAGCCAAGGGCUUCAGCCUCGCCACGGCCCCGCAGACGCAGAUCUCAGGGGAGCACCUGCGGCUCUGCCCCCAGGACUACACCUGCUGCUCCAGCGAGAUGGAGGAGGGGCUGGCGCGCCAGAGUGAGACUGACUUCCUGGCUGCUGUGGACGAGACCAGCAAUUUCCUGCUGACCACCUUCACGCAGCGCCACCGCAAAUUUGACGAGUUUUUCCGGGAGCUGAUCGACGUGGCGGAGAAGUCCAUGAACCAGAUGUUCACCAAGACGUACGGCCGUCUGUACACUCAGAAUGCUGCAGUGUUCCAGGACCUGUUCACCGAGCUGCGCCGCUACUACACCGGGGGCAGUGUGAGUCUGGGGGAGGUGCUGUCAGACUUCUGGGCACGGCUGGUAGAGAGGGUCUUUUCUUUGGUGAACCCACAGUACCAGUUCAGUGACGAGUACCUGGAGUGUGUCAGCAAACAUGCAGAGCAGCUUCAGCCAUUUGGAGACCUGCCCCGGAAACUGCGCAUACAGGUGUCCCGUGCCUUCAUCGCAGCACGAGCCCUGGUGCAGGGGCUGGCCACUGGGAGAGACAUCGCCAGCAAAGCUGCAAAGCCCAGCCCCAGCCGCGAGUGUGUGCGUGCCCUGAUGCGGAUGUCAUACUGCCCGCUGUGCCGGGGGCUGCCCACUCUCCGGCCGUGCCAUGCCUUCUGUCGGAACGUCAUGAAGGGCUGCCUGGCCAACCAGGCUGACCUGGACGCUGAGUGGAACAACUUCAUCGAUGCACUGAUGCAAGUGGCUGAGAAGCUAGAGGGCCCGUUCAACAUGGAACUGGCCACCGACUCUAUUGCUAUCAAGAUCUCUGAGGCCAUCAUGUUUAUGCAGGAGAACAGCGUGCAGACCUCCACCAAGGUCUUCCAAGGCUGUGGCAGCCCCCGCCCGGCCCCGGCUCGCACUCGGCGCUCACCAGGCAGGGAAGAAGGCAAAAGGAGGUUCAGGACCUACAGCCCCGAGGAGAAACCUACCACUGCGGCAGGCACCAACCUGGACAGACUGGUGGCGGACCUGAAGGAACGACUGCGCCCCAUGAAGAGGUUCUGGGUCACCCUCCCCCACACGCUCUGCAACGACGAAAAGAUGGCUGCCGACGUCACCAAUGAGGAGAAGUGCUGGAAUGGACAGGGGAGGGGCCGGUAUCUGCCCGACGUGACUGGGGAUGGCCUUGUCAACCAGAUCAACAACCCGGAAGUGGAAGUGGACAUCGCUCGCCCUGAUGUGAAGACUCGGCAGCAGAUCAUGGAGCUGCGCGUGGCCACCAACCGACUCAGACAGGCCCAGAGCGGCCAUGACUCUGACUUCCAGGACUCCAGUGAGGAUGGCAGUGGUUCUGGAACAGGAGAGCGGUACAGUGAGGACUGGCCUGGUUAUGGGCCCAACACCUACAACUAUGGCAAGCCCCCUCGCACUGAUCCCGGCCAGAGCAAACCCCCCCGCACACGUGACAGGCCCAAGUGGACCCGGCCCAACCAGCACCAGAACUCGGGCAGCCGGGUGAAAGCGACAGGAGCUGGGCCACCCACAGUACAGUCCACUCUUAUCCUCCCUUUUGCCUGCUCACUGUUUCUCCUGGGUGCCCCCUUGUGGUGGUAGGGCCUAACUGUGCCCUUCAUCCUGAUCAACACUGUGUCCAAACAGUCUGAUAACACCCGCUGUCAGUGUUUCUGAACUAUAGCCAGGGCUCUUCAUUUUCGGUCUUACUUCUCCCCAGUCUACCUGCCUAUAACACUGUGAUCUCGGUCCAAGAGUCGCCUUCUUUUCUUGUCACCAGACAAAAAGCCUGUAGGAGAAGGAGCUGUCUGUAUUUUUGUGGUCCGGUUUAAGUGCCGGUAUUUGACAAGACCAGGGCACUUCCUGCUUGGUGGAGCUGAGGUGAUCAUGGCUGAGCUGUGAACUUGGCGUGGCGAGACCAAGGACACUGUUGCCAGCCACCGCAGGAAGUUGCCUUGUCCUGUGUUGUAAUUAGGCUCAGUACAAUUGGAUUUCUUCAUUUCUCCCCAAGCAGCAGUCGAAAUCACCCUUUCUGUCUGACAGGCAUGCAACAUGCCAUUCCUUCCCGUCCGAACGGUGAAAGUGAGGCCCGAGUAAAACAGUGGCGUGGUGACCUCUAGUGGUAGAAAAGGGAGCUGCUGCUUUCUCAAAACGAGGUGUGAGCCUUUUCAGCCUUCUGCACCUUUGUUUUCUCCAAAUUCACAGGACUCGUAUGCUUUGUGACUGCCAGUUGAGUGGCAUCCUGUUUUACCGCCCCUGAAAUAGUAGGGAAGAACUCAGAGGGGCCACACAAGUGAAUCACCUGUCUGAGCGAUCCCAGGUUUGGGUCUGGAUCGUGGUCAUGUCACUAGCCGACUACGACUGGGGCUUCCCAAGUAGUGGCACACGACCGAGCAGAGGGUGGGGUCAGUCAGACAGGGCUCUCUGAAACAGGUGAUGCUCCUGUCCUCCAGCCAGCACUGAUCCUCCAGUACAGUCGGGUCUGUCUACUGCUUGAAGAGGCGAGUAACUGGAAGGUGGGUGGGGCAGAGGAGUCUUCCCACACGUCUCCCGUGUGCAGUCACAGGGCUUGUAGAAGUAAAAAACACACAGCUGGCGAUUCCACCAGUGGGCGAAUCGGGUGGCGGACACCACAAUAACAGCUGGCCAUUCUGAGUUCUGUAUACACCGAAUGAGUGCAGAUCAAACCAACGAGAGCACUGGACACGCAGAGGCACAGCAAGAGAUAUGACUAGACGUCCAUUUUUCAUUCUGCUGGUGGGGUGGGGGUGGGGGAGCAUCUGAACAUUAAAUAAGAAUAACUUUGUUCUUUGUAAAUUGGACAGUUGUCAGUUCUUACUGAUUGUGAACUGAAUUGUAACCAGUCUGAUUACAACAACAACAGUGAAAUCCGGUGCAGUGCAGGGCAGGUAGGCAGAAGAGACAGACAGGCACUUGCACACACUGGGCCUUGCCAUCUGUACUUAAUCACUCCAAUAGCACAUUUCAGUCUUUGGACUGAAAAGUCAGCUGUUUUAGCAUUAAAAUGGGACUUUCAAGAUCCAGUGGUGCAGGAGUGCUCUUCAUAUCCACGAGCAGCAGGAAGCGUUUCUGCUCCUGUUUAUAAAGACUGAGCAGGUCUGGUUUAGGAGAAAGGGUAAGACCCAGAAUGAAGGGCCUUCAUCUUUUUGACCCAUGUUUCGACUUGCCUAGUGCACCAGCAGGUCAUGACCCACACAGUGAAUCAUGCGACCCUGGCUGGAGAACUUAAACCAGCUGGAAUGACGAAUGUCAAGUCUUAAGGAUUUCGGAAAGACCCAUCUCUGUGCAUGGGAACUGGCCUGUCUGCCCCUUUACCAUUUCCCAGCUUUCCUUCAUUCCUGGGCCCUGAUUCCCAGGAAGCGCAGUGCAGUCGGAGCCCAGCUUGACUUAUGAAAAGAGCUCUCGUCUGGAUUCUUGGAAGGCACUUCUCCUUAGUCUGAGUUGGCCCUCAAAACCAACGAUGUGGAAGGAAGAUUCUGGGAAUCUCCUCCUGCGAAUACAAUUUCACCGAAUCCUCUUGGUCCCUGUCAACACCUGCCAGCCUCAGUGGUUAGAAAGCAGAGAUUUGGAAGUGACAUUGAGGGAGAGGCAGCAUGGGGCGGGAGCUGGUGUUGAAACCUCCACCGGAACGGGGCGGCCCCACGUCUGCGGAUUGGGCUCGUUGAUGAGACCGGGGGCUGAGGGACGAUCAUGAAUACCUGCAUGAGGGGGUGGGCUCUUAAGGAAGGAGGGGUUGAACACCCCUUGCCCGGUGACUGGUCCCUUGCAAGGUCCAAUAUUUGUUGAGAUCCUGUUGCUGGGAUUCUCGGGCAUGAGCCUUUAACCCCCCGAAUCCAGAGUACAGCUCCACUCAUGAUGUCUGUGCCAUUUUAAACCUCAGCAGCUCCACUCCAUCCUCUGACCACACGCACUGCGUACACAGAGAGAUCAAGACCUGUCUAUCAGAGAGCAGAGUGCAAUGAUCGUCCGUGUCAUGCCCCACCACAGCAGGACUCCGAUUUUUAUUUAUUAAUCUAUUUAUAAUUAUUUAUUGGCUGUAACAGAGCAGCUGGACCAGAUUCCUGCUGGGGUAGGAAAGGGUUUUUGGGGAAAGAGGAAUGUGGGGAUCUUCGGCUGGGAUGAAGGGACUGGGGGGAUUCGCUGAGAGAAAACAAAGUUUGUAGGGCAAAGGGGCACAGGGUCCCAGCUGGAGCGGGUUUGUGUGUGUGCAUGUGUGUUUGUGGCUGCACUUGUGUGUUUUGGUGUGUCUGGGAGGCAGGGGAGGGCGUUCACUCCCCUUUAAGGUGCUCUUGUGUUCCCGCCCCUUUUCAGGGAAAGGGGUGUGGCUUAGGCAGAGGGGGAGGGGCUGGCGGCUGCAGCAUCCUCCUCUCUGUGCUGCACAGAGCUGAGCCACUGAUUGUAUUUCUUUAACACUUGUAUGUAUUCUGGGACUUGGGUGGAGGAGAAGGUGGGGGGACAUUGGGCUUUAGCACAGGGGCUCCUCACUCCAGUCCUGGGGAUCCCAAAACCUACUGUUUUCAAUCCAGCUCUCACAUACAUCAUUAAUUGAUGUGCAAAUAGGGUGACGAGCAAAUAGGGUGUCCUUGACUCAAGUGAGAGAUUGGUUUGAAUUCUCCCCAAGUCAGAUUGCACUCUUCAUGCCUGUGUGUUAUUUUAGAUUCUGAUCCUGUUCUGCACACUGAUCGGCUGACAUGAACACAUCUUGUAAUGCAACGAACACGCUGGCUUCUGCUAUGAAACACAAGUUACACAUGGAUUAAAUACUCCGCAGAUGCACAUUGUGGCUCCAUGUGAAGAUGAAUAUGUGCAGGUCUAGUGUCUUUGGACAAAGACCGUUCCUCUCCUCGGAACUCUUUGGGUUUUGGUCUGUGACCUGUCACGAGUCGACCUUUGACCCCGUGCAUUUCUGUUGCAGUUUUACGGAGAAAAAAAAGCCGCUCGUAAAGCAUCCCAUCAGGCACCUCAUUAGUGCAAUUAAGCGUCCACUUAGGAAAGAGCUGGUCUGAGAGGGGUUCCCCAGGACCAGGGAAGACCCCCUGUGCUAGCCCCUGGGGGUGGGGAUUCUCGUGGGAGGGAAGGGUGGACGGGGGGGUGUGCAUGAGACAGUGCUGUGUAUGGAAACCCUGCAGCCCCAUUCUUACAGUAGUGUUCAGACACGCUGAGCUAUGUGUCCUACGCUCUAGGGGCAGGGGGGCCCAUGAGGCACAGACAGGGGCUCCACGCCAUGUGACAGCUAGCAGCGACCUGGGAAGCCCUCUUACUUGACGUGUGAGAGUUGUCUGCUGUCUCUGCCACACGGUGCAGUUACCUCCUUAACAGCAGCAGUUCCCUGCCCCCGGCCCUGAAGGAGCACCGCCUGCUGGUCUUCACUCCAGCUGAGCUCUGCUCCUCCAGCACUGCUGCCUUCACUCAUCUGCUUGAGCCUCUAGACUUUUCUUUUACGUGUUCCUUCAGUUUGUUCACAGGUGUCUGAUUUACUGUGAGCAUAUCAGACACACCCACAGUGGGUGUGCGUAUAUCAGAAACAACCACAGUGGGAGUUGUUCUUUAUCAGACAUACCCACAAUGAGCCUUUCUUCUGCAGCUCAAAUCAUAUACAUGUUCAGCAAACACAGCUCAAUGAGGGCAGUUCUGAAAACAGUGCAGAAUACAGAUUUCAAAUCCUAUCUGGCCUCGUAAGAGCUAAGAGCAAAUCUACAAUCCUACCCCAGUCAGAGCCAGUGAUGAAGAUCUCGAAUGGAGAGCAGACCAGAAGAUUUGGGGUUCCUACAGGACCGGGGCAGCGAACCGUGACCGUGUGUGCGGAGGUGCAGGCUCUUCCUGUGCUGCACUGCGGGGCUCAGAGACUCGAGCUUACACAGCUUCCUUCUACCUCGGCACAGGAUCUCCUCUUAUCGAUUGCUUUUCCUGUGUGGUUCAGACGGGGCACAGACAGGGAGAGGGGACCUGGGUGCAUGUUACUGUGAAGGAGCCUCAGCGGACAGGAGUUUGCAAAGACUCUGCCCUUUUCGGGCCCAGCCGUUGGCCCGUUUGCACUGGUGUGCGAGUCAGUCUUUGAGCCCCGCGUGUGAGGAGGGUACCCUCUGAUUGGACCUCGCAGUGGUCGACCCCCCCCCCCCCAAAAUAAAAAAACACUACACAGCAGCUGUAUUCCAGUAUUGUAACAAGCAGCACAAUUUUGUAACACGUUGUUUUAUAGAAUUUUUGUAAGAACAAAAUGCUUUUUUUUCAGAAGCCUUGUUGAUGUGAAGCCAAUGAUUAAAACCUGUUUUUCUUCUUA